UACCCUCACUCUCUAUCCCCUUACUCACUCCCUCACUCCCUCCCUCCAUCUGCCUCACUCUCUCUUUCUCCUUCUGUCAGUCAUUGAGUCAUGAUGGCGGAGCGGACAGUGCCUCAUGCAUAUCCCAUGAGUACUCAGUGUGAACUGAACUCUCCCAGAAGGAUCUACGACCAGAACUUUGGAGAGGCUCUUACCCCCCAGGACCUCCUCACCCCCACCCUGUACCAUGGUUACUAUGUCCGUCCAAGAAUCACCAAGCAGCUAGGGCGGGGCUUCUCUGAUAUAGAGGCGGAGCCAGGGAAGUGGACCGUUCGAUUGGACGUGUGUCAGUUCACUCCUGAUGAAGUCACUGUUCGCACUGUCGACAACCUACUGGAGGUCAGUGGUAACCACUCCCAGAGACAAGAUGUCCACGGGUUCAUCAGUCGGUCGUUUACGAGGACCUACAUACUUCCUGUGGGUGUCGACCCUCUACUGCUCUUCGUCGACCUAUCACACGACGGCAUCCUCUCUGUCUCCGCUCCCCGGACAACCCCCGACCCGCCCUCUUCACACACGCAUAUCAUACACACACACACCGACAAGACAACCUAGUGACGACACACAGACACAACCAAAAUACGACCUAGUGUCCUCUGUCAUGGAUCAACCCCAAUUCCCCCUAGGAUCAACCCCAACACCCUCUAGGAUCAACCCCAACACCCUCUAGGAUCAACCCAACACCCUCUAGGAUCAACCCCAAUUCCCCUUAGGAUCAACCUCAAUUCUCCUUAGGAUCAACCCCAACACCCUCUAGGAUCAACCCCAACACCCUCUAGGAUCAACCCCAACACCCUCUAGGAUCAACCCAACACCCUCUAGGAUCAACCCCAAUACCCUCUAGGAUCAACCCAACACCCUCUAGGAUCAACCCCAAUACCCUCUAGUGUCCUCUGUCAUGGAUCAACCCCAAUACCCUCUAGGAUCAACCCCAAUUGCCCCUAGGAUCAACCCCAACACCCUCUAGGAUCAACCCCAAUACCCCCUAGUGUCCUCUGUCAUGGAUCAACCCCAAUACCCUCUAGUGUCCUCUGUCAUGGAUCAACCCCAAUACGCCCUAGUGUCCUCUGUCAUGGAUCAACCCCAAUACCCCCUAGUGUCCUCUGUCAUGGAUCAACCCCAAUACCCCCUAGUGUCCUCUGUCAUGGAUCAACCCCAAUACCCUCUAGGAUCAAACCCAAUACGCCCUAGUGUCCUCUGUCAUGGAUCAACCCCAAUAUCCCCUAGUGUCCUCUGUCAUGGAUCAACCCCAACACCCUCUAGGAUCAACCCCAAUACCUCCUAGUGUCCUCUGUCAUGGAUCAACCCCAACACCCUCUAGGAUCAACCCCAAUACCCCCCAGUGUCCUCUGUCAUGGAUCAACCCCAAUUCCCCCUAGGAUCAACCCCAACACCCUCUAGGAUCAACCCCAACACCCUCUAGGAUCAACCCCAACACCCUCUAGGAUCAACCCCAACACCCUCUAGGAUCAACCCCAACACCCUCUAGGAUCAACCCCAAUACCCUCUAGGAUCAACCCAACACCCUCUAGGAUCAACCCCAAUACCCUCUAGUGUCCUCUGUCAUGGAUCAACCCCAAUACCCUCUAGGAUCAACCCCAAUUGCCCCUAGGAUCAACCCCAACACCCUCUAGGAUCAACCCCAAUACCCCCUAGUGUCCUCUGUCAUGGAUCAACCCCAAUACCCUCUAGUGUCCUCUGUCAUGGAUCAACCCCAAUACGCCCUAGUGUCCUCUGUCAUGGAUCAACCCCAAUACCCCCUAGUGUCCUCUGUCAUGGAUCAACCCCAAUACCCCCUAGUGUCCUCUGUCAUGGAUCAACCCCAACACCCUCUAGGAUCAACCCCAAUACCCCCCAGUGUCUUCUGUCAUGGAUCAACCCCAAUUCCCCCUAGGAUCAACCCCAACACCCUCUAGGAUCAACCCCAACACCCUCUAGGAUCAACCCAACACCCUCUAGGAUCAACCCCAAUUCCCCUUAGGAUUAACCUCAAUUCUCCUUAGGAUCAACCCCAACACCCUCUAGGAUCAACCCCAACACCCUCUAGGAUCAACCCCAACACCCUCUAGGAUCAACCCCAACACCCUCUAGGAUCAACCCAACACCCUCUAGGAUCAACCCCAAUACCCUCUAGGAUCAACCCAACACCCUCUAGGAUCAACCCCAAUACCCUCUAGUGUCCUCUGUCAUGGAUCAACCCCAAUUCCCCCUAGGAUCAACCCCAACACCCUCUAGGAUCAACCCCAACACCCUCUAGGAUCAACCCCAACACCCUCUAGGAUCAACCCCAACACCCUCUAGGAUCAACCCCAACACCCUCUAGGAUCAACCCCAAUACCCUCUAGGAUCAACCCAACACCCUCUAGGAUCAACCCCAAUACCCUCUAGUGUCCUCUGUCAUGGAUCAACCCCAAUACCCUCUAGGAUCAACCCCAAUUGCCCCUAGGAUCAACCCCAACACCCUCUAGGAUCAACCCCAAUACCCCCUAGUGUCCUCUGUCAUGGAUCAACCCCAAUACCCUCUAGUGUCCUCUGUCAUGGAUCAACCCCAAUACCCCCUAGUGUCCUCUGUCAU